AUGCAUGUUACGCAUACUCUCUUCUUUAUUACGUUUACUUCUCUGUACAGCAGCAUCUAUGCGUGUGACACAAAUCCACAUCAAGGUGUUUUAGUUGUAGCUGCUGGAUCAUUUUUGGCAGCAAGUAGUGAACAAGGUGUUAAUUGGUCACCAUCGGAAACGAAAGGUCAAAUGACAUUCAAUCAAGACACCUGUCGAUAUGAAAAAUCAAUUGGAGGCUUACCAUCGAAUACGAACUACGAAUGGAAAGUUGCUUUCAAUGGAAAAUGGGAUGGUAAUAAAGGUUGUAAUAACGGUGCAAACUGUCAAUUCAGUAGUGGUACUUCGGGUGCAGUUCUCCUCAUCUACAACCCAUACAAUGGACAACUCUCAACGAGUCCAUUAACUAGUGGGCCAACAGUAGCGCCAAGUGGUUCGACAACUGUACCCACAUCGACCUGUUCGAACCCAUAUAAAGGUCGAAUUGUUCGAGCAUCUGGUGACUACCAAAUAGAAUUAGGCAGUACUGCACUAUGGCUUGCCACAGAAGCUAAUAGUCUGAUGACUUAUGAUAGUACCAAGUGCAUCUAUCUCCUUAUCCUUGUUGGUUUGAAACCCAACAAAGUCUAUGAAUGGAAAGUAACGUUCGAUAAUACCUGGGCAGGCAGUGCUGGUUGUGGGGCAGGAGGAAACUGUAAAUUUACAACAAGUGGAGCCGGUACAGUCCAACUGGAAUUCGAACCUCUAUCUAAACAACUAACGCAUCGUCCACUUGCUACUGUUUGCGGUAAUGGUCAAUGUGAAUUGGGUGAAUCGUGUCGAACAUGUUUGGCUGAUUGUGGUGAAUGUCCACCAGCUGUCUGCGGUGAUGGUAUUUGUGAAGAAAGUGAAUCAUGCUAUUCGUGCCCAGGUGAUUGUGGAAAAUGUCCUGUAUGUGGUGAUAGUAUUUGUCAGACUAAUGAAAACUAUCAGACAUGUCCACAAGACUGUCCAAAUGAGUUGUCGGGAUGUAAUAUUUUCCGAGAAGAAAGCUGUGAAGGUGGUUCACAAUUCCAUGCGAACGCUGGUGUUGAGGCGAAACGUUGGCAAACACCCAAGCCAGGUGCUAACGGUUAUCAAGCAUCUUAUCAAGAUUAUCAUGUUCUUGUUGGUUAUACUGAUAUUAUCUAUACUGGUUCCGAUCGGCAUGCUGCCGAUGUUUGUUUGGAAAUAAAACAUCGCAAUGCUGGUUCGGUUACAUUAACAUACUUGUUCGAUGGAAUACCGCAAACAACCAAAUGUAAACGAUUUACCAACGCAUACAAAGAUAUUCUGUUGGCAGAAGUCAAAGGAAGUGAUGGAUCAACAUUGAAAUUGCCCGAUAUUGAUUUUGUUUGGAAUGUUAAUUCAAUAAGUAGUCGUUCAGGUGAUUUUCGUGGUGGACAAAAAGGUGCUGUAGCAGAAAUGUUUGGAUGGCCGCAUAAAGAUGUGAAAGAAGAAUGUGAAUUUCUUGGCAAAGCCGGUUACUUAGGUGUCAAACUAUUUCCUGUUCACGAACAAUUAAUGUCCACUCAACCAUACGAAAAUGCCAUGAAUCCAUGGUAUUUUAUGUACCAACCGGUUUCAUACAAUUUGGACGGUCGUAUGGGUACGCGUGAAGAAUUACGUGAUUUAAUUCAAACAUGUCGUAGACACGGUGUUCGAGUCUAUAUCGAUGCUGUUCUAAACCAUUUUACUGGUGCUGGCAAUGAUAUGAAUCAACAUCGCAACCCUAAUGGCUGUGUACGAUGGGGUAAUAAAACAACUAGUGCACCGGCUGAACGACAAUCACCUUUUUACACACAUGCUUAUACUUAUCAGUACAAUCCAAAUACGGGCAAAGCACCAUCGAACGAGUUUCCAGCCGCUGCUAUUGGUCCUGAAGAUUUUCAUUGUGAUCGUGUGCUUGGUUCCUGGUCGGAUUUGUUUAUAUUGAAUAAUGGCUGGCUCGUUGGUCUUACUGAUCUCGAUACGUCAAGAGAAACCGUCCGUGAACGACAGGCAGCUUAUUUAGUUGAUAUGUUAAGCAUUGGUGCUAGCGGUUUUCGUAUUGACGCAGCUAAACAUAUGUCACCUGAAGAUAUUUCUGCAGUCAUGAAAAAAGUUCAAACUAAAAUGGGUGGAAAACUACCAGAUGAUUUCUUUGUCUGGCUUGAAGUUCUUACAGGCGGUGAAGCUGGUGUUAUUUGGCAAGGCCCAUCUUGGUAUGGUACUACGUUUGAAAACAUCUUGAAGAAAGAUCUUGGUUCUGAUGCUGAAGUGAAUAAAAUUAAAAUGUGGGAUGGUUUAUAUCCAAAAGAACCACACAACAAUCCAAGUGUUUCUCGUCAUCGUGUUGUUAUUCAAAAUGAUGAUCAUGAUCAACAAAAUCCCGGUUCAAGCAGUCGUGAUAUGGCACAGUUCGGUUGCGUUCUUGUAAAGAACUGUCCCAUCUCUGAACAUCGUAAUUUUGAAGUUCGUCUCUUUGCAAAUCCAAACGGCGCCAGUAACAAUAAUGACGAUUGGCCUAUUCGAUUUAUCCUUUCAUCUUACUAUCACACACAUGGUGAUCUCGGUAUUCCUGAUGGUCUAUCAUCCUGCGAUCUUUGCACGACGACAUGCGAAACAUGCCGUAAAUCAGUACCUUACAUCAAAGCAUACGAUAAAAUGGCAUGUGCGUAUACUGGCACUGGUUAUACUCGUACACAUCGUGAUAUACCAGUAAUUAAUGCUAUGCGCUCGUGGAUGAAAAUGGCGCCUGUUUCAGCAGCAUCUUUAGGUAUCGCGCAUUGCGGAUAA